ACACAGCAGCAGAUUUUUGAAAAUACUCCUGUACACGGCGGUACACGGUCGUCGAUAGGGCUGUGUUCGACGUAUUUAAUGUUUUUGAAGUCUGUUAGAAAUAUCUUAAUUUAGUGGUUUCUUACGGUAAAGCAGAAAAUGACAGAAGAAUCAGCUGUUAAAGUUUGCGUGCGAAUCCGCCCGUUUGUUGCCAGGGAAGAAAAUGCUUCUGAGAACUCUGAGCCUGUCCAGUUUUGGAAAGCGGACAAAAAAUCAAUUCAUCAGAUUGACGAUGGAAGCUCCAACAGAAGUUUUACUUUUGACAGGGUGUUCACUGCUGAUGAAACAACCCAUCAGCUCUACCAGACUAUCGCAAAGCCUCUGGUUGUUUCCACUGUGGGAGGAUACAAUGGAACAAUAUUUGCCUAUGGGCAGACUUCUUCUGGAAAGACCUUCACUAUGAUGGGUGGGGACCAUAACCCCGGAGUCAUUCCUCUAGCUGUGGAAGAGGUCUUCCAAUCGAUUAAAAAUUUUCCAAACAAGGAGUUUCUUCUCAGAGUUUCCUACAUGGAAAUCUACAAUGAGACUGUGACGGAUCUGCUUGUUGACAGCUGGAAGAGAAAACCUCUGGAAGUUCGUGAAAGCAUUAAUAAGAACAUCUGUGUUGCUGAUCUGACUGAGGAGCUUGUCACUACUUGUGCACAAGCUCUUGCCUGGGUCCGGAAAGGAGAAAAAAACCGUCACUAUGCAAAGACUAAAAUGAACCAGCGUAGCAGUCGCUCGCAUGCCAUAUUUCGUAUGAUCUUAGAAAGCCGUGAACGGAGUGACCCAGCAUCAAGCGACACUGCUGAUGGAGCCAUUAUUGUGUCUCAUUUGAACUUAGUGGAUCUAGCUGGAUCUGAGAGAGCAAGUCAAACAGGAGCUGAAGGAGCUCGCUUCAAAGAAGGUUGCAACAUAAACCGCAGUCUCUUCAUGCUUGGUCAGGUGAUGAAGAAGCUGACUGAUGAAAGCCAGAAGGGUUUCAUCAACUACAGAGACAGCAAGUUAACUCGCAUCCUGCAGAACUCGCUGGGUGGGAACGCUAAAACGGUCAUCAUCUGCACCAUCACUCCUGCCACUCUAGAGGAGACUCUCGGCACUUUGCAGUUCGCCAGCACUGCAAAGAAAAUGAAGAACGACCCACACGUGACGGAGGUGUCGGACGACGGGGCUUUGCUCAAAAGGUAUCGCAAUGAGAUCGUAGAGCUGAAGCAACGGCUUCAAGAGGUUUCUUCAGUCUCGCAGACCACCGUGACGGAAAAGGAGGCUCUGUCUCAGCUGCUCCAGGAAAAAGAUCAGCUCCAGAGAGAACAGGAGGACCGCAUCAAAAACCUGACCAAACUGCUCGUGACCAGUUCAAAUCAGGUUUUUGUCCAAAAGGUGCCUAAACGCAGGAUAACGUGGGGAGGAAAGAUGGUCAAACUUGCUGGCAAGGCUCCAUUUGAUGAUCAUCAUGAUGAUGAUGAUGGUGAUUUACCAGACAUGAGCUUUGCAGGACCUUUCGGUCGUAGGACGAAGAUGCCCGUCUCUUCUCUGACUGAGCUGAGUGAAGCUGAAUACUUUGACUCCCAAUGGGGGACGCCAGAGGAGCCGUUUGAUGAAACUGAGAUGAAUGAGAGCUCGGUGACUGCGCGCAGCCACAGAGACAGUUUUAGAGAUUGGGUGAGCCCCAGUCAGUCACGUGAGCUGUCGGAGAAAGUGUCCCAGUUGGAGUUGCAGCUGGAAGUGGAAGUUCAGCAGAAAGAGGAAGCCAUGAAAAGGGCAAACCUUUUAGAUGAUAGACUUGCAGAGCUGCAGCUGCAGCUUCAAUCAGAAGCUCUGCAGAAACGCGAAGCAGCGGAGAAAAUGGAAUCAGCAGGGCAGAAGUUGGCCGACCUGGAGCGGCAGCUGCAGGAGCAGAGCCAAGCUGAUGCUAAACAGAUGGUGAGGGAAUUUGCAGAAACCAUUCAGCUGUGUGAAACUUUGGCCACGGAGAAGGACCAGAUCAUAGCUGAGAGGGACUACCUGAAACAGGAGCUGGGGAUGUUCAUGGAGCAAACGCAACACCUGGAGAAAGAGAAAGCUGCGCUGUCGCAGGAGCUGAAGGAGAUCAACGACCUGGACGAGUUUGAGUCGCUGGAGGAGAGGAUCAACAAGGAUCUGGAGACCGAGUUACGCAGUGAAAUCUGUAGCCUGAAGGAAGCCGUUAAAUCAUCUGAAGCACAGCGCCUCGAGCUUCAGAACAAACUUCAGGCAUUGUCUGAGGAGCUGAAUAAGAAAACCGAGUUUGCUGAAGAGCUUCAGAAGAUGAGCGGUAAGGACUUGGUGCAGGAGGUCGCCACGCUGCGUCGCUCUCUGGAUGAUGCGGAGGGGGUGAGCAGGGAUACGAAGAAGGAAUGGGCAUUCCUCCGGAGCGAAAACAUGAGUUUGGAAGAGUUAAAUGGGACCCUGACUGCCAAACAGGAGAAAAUGGAGUCUGAGAUGAACGAUCUGCUUUUACAACUUAAGACCGAGAAAUCUCGCUACAAAAAGAUGCAGAGUGAUCUCCAGAAGGAGCUGAACAUUGCUUUUGACGAAAACACCAAACUCUCCACUCUGCUCGAUGGCAACGUCCCCAAAAGUCUGACUGACGGUCUGGAACUGGAGAGAACUGUGACCCGGCUGGAGAAGGAGCUGACGGCUUCACGUGAAGCAGGGGAGACGCUCCGAGCUGAGCUCCAGACGCUGGCUUCAUUUAAGACUCUUCCAGAUCAGGUGGAGAACUUGACAAAACAGGUUUGUGACUUGACUGAGGAGUUGCAGUGUGUUAAAACCGAGAGGGAUGACCUGCUCUCAGGUCAAACUCGGAGUGACCUGGAGGCCCGGCAGUUCAGCGAGGAGAAUCCGAAAAUUCAAGCAGAUCUCGGCGUUUCUGCUCAGGAGGAAGAGCUGAGGCCGCAGCUGGAUUCACUCCGCCCAGCGCAAGAGCGAUCCGAGGAAGAGAAGAGUCGGCUCGUUGCUUUCCUUCAAGAACGAGACUUGGAGAUAAAGCAACUGAGAGAAACGCUUGAGUGGGAGCAUGCAGAGAAGGAGGUUCUUCUGUCGGAACUGCGUGGUUCUGCUCAGAGCUCUGCAGACGAGUCUGAAAAGCUGAACUCCACCAUAACGUCUGUGAGUGCAGAAAGAGACCAGCUGAGAAUGCAGCUGCAGACACUUGUGGACAAGGCCACAGAGACGGACGUUCUGCUGCAGUCUCUCCAACAAGAGCUCAAAGAACAGAAGCAGAAGAUCUUUGAUCUGAUGAGAACGUCUGAGCAGAAGGAGUGUGAAUUACAGGAGCAUAUAUCAAAGCUAUCCCAGGAGCUCCAGGGAACACGCGAUGAAAACCGGGCUCUGCAGGAGAGCGCCGCAGAGGAGGCGGAGAAGCUGCUCUCUGCAGUGGCUGCUCUCACGGCAGAAAGAGAUGAGCUCAAAAACGACCUGCGGGGAAACAUAGAUAUGAUGAUUGAAAAUCAGGAGGAGUUGAGGGCGGCUUUGGAGAAAAACCAGGACCAAAGGAAGAAGAUCAAACUCCUGGAAUCUGAAAAGGCACGGAAUGAACCUCCUCCUGAUUUUAAUUCACAGCUAGAGGAGCUGCAGGGAAAGAUUAAGACUCUAACUGAGGAGCUUGAGCCUGUGCUAGCGGAGAGAGACGCACUGAUGCUAGAGAAGGAGUCCAACCGUCAGACGGAGGAGAUGGAGAAGCUGCUGAGCAGAGUUUCGUCCCUCAGCCAGGAGAGAGAUCAGCUGCAGGAGGCGCUGGAAGGGCAGAGAGAGGAGAAGAAGCGGCUCAGAGAAGAGCUGGAGGACCGGAUACAGACGAUGCAGUGUGACUUCCUGCAGCAGCAGCAGCUCACCUCUGAGCCACAGCUGCUGAUGGAGAUCCAAGAGAAUCACCAACUCCAGAUGGAUCAGCUGGAGAAGAUGUUGGAGAACGCAAAAGAGGAGACGAGUCGGUUAAAGUUUGACCUACAAGACAAAGUCAAGCUAAUUGCUGAGAAACAGGAGAACCUGGACGUGUCUGAGGAGAAGAGCAGAGUCCUGCAGGAGGAGCUCGCAGCUCUGAAGCUUCAGACGGAAGUGCUGGAGAGCAGGAAGAAUGAGGCAGAGGGGACAGUCCAGUCUCUCAAGUCCAGAGUCCAAGUGUUGACUGCAGAGGUGGAAUCCGUAGGAGUAGAGCGGGACAAUCUGCUGUCUGAGAAGGAAUCGAUCAGUCGGAGUCACUUGGAGGAGAUGGAGAAGCUGCGUUUGUCUCUCAGCGAGGAGAACAACCAGCUGCGGGAGGAGCUGGAAGGACUGAGAGAGGAGAAGCAACUCAGAGAAGAGCUGGAGGACCGGGCGGAGAUGCUCCAAGCUGAGAUAGGAGAGCUGAAUAUAACUCUAAAGACUCUUACUGAGCAGAACCAGCAGCAGCUGGAGAAGGUAUCAUCAACACAGGAGCUUCUAAAGACCGCCCAAGACGAGCUCUGUGAACAGAGGAGGGUGAAGUCUGAUCUGGAGGAACGGAUGGAGGAGAAGGAGUCUCGCUUAAGUCUAAAGAUAAAUGAUCUGGUGCAGAGUCUGAGGGGCGUUGAAGCUGAGAGGGAUGAUCUGCUCCGUGAGAUGCAGACGAGUCAGCAGACCUUCAAGGAGGAGCUGCAGGAGGCGCUGAGCAGAGUUUCGUCUCUCGGCGAGGAGCGGGCUCAGCUGCAGGAGGCGCUGGAAGGCUUGAGGGAGGAGAAGCAACUCAGAGAAGAGCUGGAGGACCGGGCGGAGAUGCUCCAAGCUGAGAUAGGAGAGCUGAAUAUAACUCUAAAGACUCUUACUGAGCAGAACCAGCAGCAGCUGGAGAAGGUAUCAUCAACACAGGAGCUUCUAAAGACCGCCCAAGACGAGCUCUGUGAACAGAGGAGGGUGAAGUCUGAUCUGGAGGAACGGAUGGAGGAGAAGGAGUCUCGCUUAAGUCUAAAGAUAAAUGAUCUGGUGCAGAGUCUGAGGGGCGUUGAAGCUGAGAGGGAUGAUCUGCUCCGUGAGAUGCAGACGAGUCAGCAGACCUUCAAGGAGGAGCUGCAGGAGGCGCUGAGCAGAGUUUCGUCUCUCGGCGAGGAGCGGGCUCGGCUGCAGGAGGCGCUGGAAGGCUCGAGGGAGGAGAAGAGGCAGCUCGGAGAGGAGCUGGAGGACAGGACACGCAUGAUGUCGGCCGUUCAGGAAAAGCUCAGCCAGCAGGAGGAGUGGAGCCUGCAGCUUCAAGAACGAGACGCUGAGCUGAAACGUGAAGUGCAGCACCUCGAGGAGGAGCUGCAAACGCAAACGGAGCAACAAGCACGCGCUAAAGCUGAAGCCGACGCCUCUCAGCUGAUGCUUACUGAAGCUAAAGCCACCAUCUCGACCCUGAAACAGCGACUUGACGGCUUGGAGCAGAACGCCGAAGGAGUUGAGGUGAUCUCGUCACAGCUGCAGGACUCCUCUUCUCAGCUUCAGGAGUGCUUUGGAAGAUUCCAAGAAUUGAAAGACACCAUCUCCAAAUACAAGUCGCCGGACAAGGCUCUGAGGAGACAACGCUCUCUGAUGAACGCGUUGCUGAGCUCUCUGCCUAGAGCCACUGUGGCUUCCUACGGUGCCGUUCAUCAGCUGGGGAUGCAGACAGUACAGAGCUUCCUAGACAUUCGGAUGAGACUCCACCUGCAAGCAGUCGACUGCAAGAGGCUGUUUGAGGAGUUGGUGAGGAAAGACCUGGCCAUUUUCGAGGAGAAGAGAGUGCAGGACCUGCUGCUGUCCAGAGCAGAAGCCCCCCCGCACGCCAUCGGGGACGUGGACUUCCGCUCGCUUUGGGGACCGAGACUCUCCGAGUUGCUGGACAAACGGCGGCUUCACCUGCAGAAGAUGCAAAGCAUCGCGGAGAAGCUCCAGAGCAACACGGCCGCUCAUGUCGACAAUGAAAGAGCUGAGAUCUGUGAGGAAGAGAAGUUCACGGAGCAGCUAGAGGGGGCGAUUAGCAGCCAGCCUAUCAGCUUCCCUAACCUGGACUGCGUUCUGAGCCAAGAGGCGGGCCGCAGAUCUGCAACCGUCCAAACGAGCAGGCUGUCUCUACAGCUCCUCGUAAGCGAGCAGAACAACCUGUUGGAUGAGCUGAAGCAGCUGGAGGUGGAAGGAGAAUCUCAGCUCAGAGAAGAGAAAAGCAAAAGUGCCACUCUGCUGCGAGCGCUGGAAGGAGCUCCUCUGAAGAAGGAGGUCUCACUGCUGAGGGACAACCAGCAGCUCGUCCUCCAGCUCCAGCGGGCUGAAGAAACCAUCAAGAUGCUGCAUGUACAGAAGGAAGAGCUGGAGGAAAUUCGGAUGGAAGCCAACCACAGCGUGUCCCAGCACAAGGAGGCCACUCAGCUCCUGCAGACGGAGCUGCAGGACAGCCGCGCCCUCGUCCAGGAGAAGGACGACACCAUCCAAACCCUGAAGAACAAACUACGAGCGUCUGAAACAAACGCACCGCCCAGCGCAGCCGAGCAGGAAAGACUCCGCCACAAGGUGUUCCAAAUGGAGCUGAAGCUUAACUUGGCAUCAGAUCAACACAAACUCGAGAUCCAGAGGAUGAACACCGUGUUGAGGGAGAAGGAGGCGUCGCUGCGGAGUUUGAAGGAGGCUCUGAGGAAAUUGCAGCAGCAGGGAGAGGAGCCUGUUCUGCAGGGUAAGGAACUUUAUGCUAGACUCACCAAUCCCAGAGAAGUAGUGAUCGAGAGCAGCAUCGCACUGGAGAAGACCAAGCUGGAAGAGAAGGUCCAGCAGCUUCAGCUGAAAAUUACAGAACUCGAGAGCGUCGGGUUGGGUCAGAAGGCGGAGAUCAGCAAGUGGAAGAGUCGAGCCAUCAAGCUGAAAAGGAAGAGCAAAGCCGAGGUAGACAGGACACCGCCCAGCAGUCCCACCAAGAGGGGUUACACUUUCUCUUCAGAUUCUGACCACCACCUCAACUCGCCCAAGAACAAAAUCCUAGUGACUCCUAAAAAUGUUCUGGAGUCUCCCCAAAAGCCGCUGGACUCUCCAAAUAUGUCCCUGCUUGAUACCCCUAAAAACAAGUUCCUUGACAUGGCUGGAGGCUCAGACCUGCUGUCCAGCGGCUUUCCCAAAGAGUUCUUUGAUAACUCGAGCCUCGGAGCCUUUGCAGAUAAAGAUGGCCCAAAGGAGGUGAGCUGGCCUUGGUCUCCCAAAGAGGAGGAGAUGUGCAAAACGCAAUAAGAUUUUGAAAUGUGCAAUGUUUUUCCCUCCACUGUCUUUUUUGUUGUUUUAACCAGAAAAUUAAUAAAGUUUCACCCUUCAGUUCCUAA